UCGGCACAGUCUGUUCACGCGCCUGUUAAAGAAGCGCAGAGACAGUGUGUGAUGUAAAAAUGCAUAAACAUUCAUGAUAUAGGUGUCCUUCUUUCAAUUGCGAACAUGUCUUGAAUAAUGUUGUUAAGCGAUUCGAUUUAAUAACUUUACGGGAACGGCUUUGGUCGGGUGGCAUGCGUAGUUGGAGGUGGUACCUCUCCAGGGUCAUGCGUCUCUUCUUACGCUGGUUUAAGCUGUGCCCACAAAAAGGACGCAGAAAGCGGCAAAGCAGAAUACGAGACUUGUGGAACUAUGGGAAAAUUAUACUCAAGUCCCUGUAUUAUAACAUCCUGACAAAUUCUGAUACGGCGCUCGACUGUGCCUUUGAGCCCAUCUACUGGCUUGUGGAUAACCUGACCCGUUGGUUUGGAGUGGUGUUUGUUUCUUUGGUGAUUUCCUUGACCAGCUCCGUUGUGAUUAUUGUCUAUCUCUGCGUGCUUCCCGUCAUCUUGAGCACAUACGCCACACACUGGAUACUCUGGCACCUCUGUUACGGGCACUGGAACCUCAUUAUGUUGGUCUUUCAUUAUUACAAAGCCACAACAACGCAUCCGGGUGCCCCUCUGCAGGAAAGGAACGAUAUUCCAGCUGUCACUAUCUGUAAAAAAUGUAUAAUUCCCAAGCCAGCGAGAACACAUCAUUGCAGCAUCUGCAACAGAUGUAUUUUAAAGAUGGAUCACCACUGUCCUUGGUUGAAUAAUUGUGUGGGUCAUUUCAAUCACCGAUACUUCUUCAGUUUCUGCCUCUACAUGACCAUGGGCUGCAUCUACUGCAGUGUCAGUACCAAAGACAUGUUUCUAGAUGCAUACAAUGCCAUUGAGAGCUAUAAUCAGACACCUGCGUAUACGGAUCAGGAGGGCACGGUUUAUAAGAGCCUCAUUUAUCUGUGGGCGCUGACAAGUUCGGUGGCUUUUGCUCUGGGAGGCUUGACAUUGUGGCAUGCAAUGCUGAUCACCAGAGGAGAGACCAGUGUGGAGAGACAUAUCAACCGUAAAGAGAGAAAACGACUCAGACUGAAAGGCAAAUUGUUUCGUAAUCCAUACCACCAUGGAAAAAUUAACAAUUGGAAAAUGUUUUUUGCAAUUGAAAAGCCAAGUCACUGGCUAACACGAGUGCUGCUGCCCUCCACUCAUCUUCCUCAUGGGGACGGACUGAUAUGGGACCCUCCUCCAUACAAAAACCAGACCAUGGCUAUAUGAUUUCAUGGACAUAAAACCUAUUUCCUCACCAGCCAUGGAUCUGUUGGAUCAAUGGAUCUUGUUUAUUUGCAUUCUCACCAUGAACCUUUAUGACUGAGGGGCCUCUUAGUUAAAUGGACAACUGAUGGCAUUUUUUAUGAUUGUGUAAUGUAAACUGAAAUGUGUGCAUGAGGUAUUUUUCAGUCCAUAGUGGUACUUUGUGCCAAAGACUGUUGUGGAUUUUAGUUACAAACACUAUUUAUAUUCAUAUUUCAAGGUUUCAUUUCAAUGAUCAGACUGGUUAUUUGAAAUCUUUGAAUUGUGCUCUUUAUAAAACUGUUUUUAAAGUAUUUUGAUGUCUGUACACAGACGGUCCAUGCAUUUGGAGAUAUUUUUUGAUUAACACGUUUAACAUGAUUCAAUUCAAGUUUAUUUGUAUAUCACUUUUUACAGUGUGCACUGUUGCAAAGCAGCUUUACAAAUGGCACAAUGUAGAAUAUACAUAAAACACAGACAAACCACAAAUUCAGAAUACAUUUAGAGUUCAGAGCUGACGUUGUUUGAUUCCAGUGUCAUCUGACAUCUUUGUGGGAAGCUGGAUAAAGACUGAAACUGGCUAGAUUUUAACCCUUUAGCUGUUACCACCGCAUUUGGGGGUGAAAAGGUGAUGCACACUUUCAAUUUAAUAUAGUGAAACAAUAUUGUGCACAUCUGUAGUUAGGUUAUGGUAUUAAAGUAUUUCUGCAGUGUUAUA